AUCUCUUUCUCUCUCUUGCCGUCUCGCGAGUCGCGAGUCUUCUUCCUCUUUCUCUCUAUCUUCUUCUUCCUCUGAUUCUCUUCAUCAUCUUCUUCUUCCUCUGAUUCUCUUCAUUAUCCUCUUCUUCCUCAUCAAAUUUGUGCUGAGAAAUCGGUCACUGCUACGGUUGAUACACUGCUUCAAGGCUCCUGACCAAAAUUCUGUCAAGGUCCUGAUCACUGCUACGGUUGAUACACUGUUACAAGUCUAUCUUCAGCUUCAAGGCCCCUGACCAAGAUUAAAUGGCUUUCUCAACGCCUUACAAAACAGCACAAAGAGAUUGGUAUAAGGUUCAGGUUCAGGAUGCGAAGCUUUUUGUUUCAGAUGAUAUAGUGGAAUAUGGCCACGAGUUUGAGUCGCACCUAGGUUUUUAUGGCCGGAAAAAAGUGAUGGUGAAGCGGAUGGUGAGAUCGGAUGAAAACAUAGAAAGAAUGGAGAGAGAAUACACAAAUUUGGAAGCCUUCCAAAAACAUCCUAACAUUCUCGAGUGGGUUACUUUCGAUGAAGAUGCCCGUUAUCUCUACUUGUCUCAAGAGCGAUGGAGUUUCAGCUUAGAGGAGCUGGUGAAAUACCUUCGCAGUCUAAACACACAAAGUCCACAACAACCUCCAGAACAUCUUGAUAAAUAUAUCAAGUAUAAUAAUAUGAUUCUAGACAAAGCUUCUAUUGGUAGUCUCAUGUUGGAUUUGAUGGAACAAGUUGCUAGAGGUUUGAAGCAUCUUCAAGAGAUGGGGUAUGUUCAUCGAGACUUGAACCCAAAAAAUAUAGUCAUAGUGUGUGGAACCGAAUUUAUGACUGCCAAAAUUGCCAACUUCUGCACCACCGAAGAUAGCAACAUGGUAUCUCGAUUUAAACACAAAACAAUAAGCCAUUAUCACACGGGUUUUCAACCUCAAGAACAGAUAAAUAACAAUAAAGAAAGGAUAAACAAUACGUUUGAGAGUACUCAAGGGCAAUCCAAGGCUAAGAAGAUUCCUCCGGAAACUAAAGAUGCAGACUUGUUUAGUUUUGGUUGUAUACUGUUCUACUCUUUAACUCUAGGUGAUCAUCCUUUUGGAGCUUCUCAUGGCUCAGCAGCUGAAGUAAGUAUCUGUCAUAAUAAACUCGAUCUCAGCAAAUGUGAAAGUGAAGAAGCUAAAUUUCUUUUGGGCAUAUUGCUGCACGCUACACCUACUGAACGUUCUCGUUUAAAAAUAUCUGUGACAAACAAUCCGGUGUUUUGGAAGGCCGAGAAGAAGUUGAACUUUUUCAGGGAUGUUAGUGACAUAAUGAACACAAAUGGAAGUACUAGUACUCGGAUUAAAUCUCUUGUGGAAGCGGCGUAUGCAAGAGUUGCUGGGAACUGGAAUACACUGAUUGAUUCUCAAAUAGUCACUCACAUAAGAACCGACUAUCAAAACAAAACAGGAAGAACACUCCAUCCAAAGCAUUUUAAAGAGGUUCGGUCCUUGAUACGGUUAAUUCGAAACCAACAUAGUCACUUCUGGGAACAGUCUUCAAACAUCCAGGCACUUUAUAUGGGGACACUUGAAGGAAUGGAGGAAUAUUACAGUGGGAUAUUUCCUGGAUUGCUGACGACUGUCUAUAGGGAAGUCUGGUCAGUAAUGCGUUUGUCUCUAGCAGGUUAUCCAGAGUUCAAGAGAGAGUACUAUUAUUGAAAUAGAUGUCUGAUAAGGUUCCGUUAGGAAGGUGAUCUUGAUGAUAUGGAACAACCAAAAGGUUCCAAAGUGGUGGCUUUGAAGCGCAAAUGAGACUGAUCACUAGUAGACAUUGAAGGAAACAUCUUGAACAAUGCUUGGAUUCAACUUGAUGACAGAUAUAUGGUCGCAGAUUUUUUUAUUGGAGAAUAUAUUCUAACAGACUCCGUAUUUGUAGUAACUACUUGUAGAUACUCCUAGAUUUAUGUUUCUUGUUCACUAGGUUCUACAUAUGUAAUCUCCUCAACUCUUAAUGAAGAGAUACAGAAACCUUUUCACGCAUCUGACUCUCUCUUUAUUUUUCUCUCUUACAAUUCCCUUUUAAAAUAAAUAAACCAAACAUGGUUAUGGAUUUUUAAAA